AUGCUCGAGCCGUACUGGUUUUCGGCCGAGCAUGCUCGCUCAACACUAAGCGUGAGUAAGGGUCGGUACGGCGAAGUAUGGCGCGGCCACUGGCAGGGAGAAAGCGUCGCCGUAAAGAUCUUUUCAUCCCGAGAUGAGAAGUCCUGGUUCAGAGAGACUGAACUAUACAACACGGUGCUGCUAAGACAUGAAAACAUCCUAGGUUUCAUUGCCUCCGAUAUGACUUCAAGAAACUCCAGCACACAGUUGUGGCUUAUUACGCACUACCAUGAAAUGGGAUCCCUCUACGAUUACUUACAAGUAACCACAUUAGACACGGUGACCUGUCUCAGAAUUGUCCUUUCCAUAGCCAGCGGACUAGCGCAUUUACAUGUGGAGAUUUUCGGUACGCAGGGGAAACCUGCUAUUGCUCACCGGGAUUUAAAGAGCAAGAACAUUCUAGUUAAGAAGAACGGACAGUGCUGCAUUGCUGAUCUAGGAUUGGCCGUGAUACACUCACAAUCAACCAAUCAGCUCGAUGUCGGGAAUAACCCCCGUGUAGGAACCAAGAGGUACAUGGCUCCCGAAGUCCUCGAUGAGACGAUCCAAGUGGAUUGUUUUGACUCUUACAAAAGAGUUGAUAUUUGGGCUUUUGGCCUGGUCCUCUGGGAGGUCGCCAGACGCAUGGUUAGCAACGGUAUUGUUGAAGAUUACAAACCCCCCUUUUAUGAUGUUGUUCCUAAUGAUCCUAGUUUUGAAGAUAUGAAGAAACUUGUCUGUGUGGAUCAACAAAGACCAAACAUUCCUAAUAGAUGGUUUUCAGACCCAACGCUAACAUCCCUGGCUAAAUUGAUGAAGGAAUGCUGGUAUCACAACCCAUCGGCAAGACUCACAGCCUUGCGCAUCAAAAAGACUUUAACCAAAAUCGACAAUUCCUUAGAUAAACUGAAAUCGGACUGCUGAACGUCAGUGAAAAAGAAUCGGACACAGUGCUUGAUUGCCGAGGUGUAGACUUUUUUUUUUCUUCUUUUUGCAAACUGUAACUGUAAAAGCCGAACUUCUUAACACAUAACCUGCCUUUUGAAGACAAUCCUGCUGUGGGUGUCUCAAGAUAUGGCCUACAAUUCCUAUAGCAGCAACCUGGCAGGAUCCUGGCUACAACAGUCCACUUGCAAAGAUUUAGACCCAUGCAAAUGACUAUGGGAGUGGAGUGGAGGGGAGGAAUUUUGGAUAUAUUUGGGCAUUAAAAGCUAAAUUUUUGGAAGCGGAAGAUGUUCCCCCGAAGCCCUCGGCCAUUCCCAAGGAAUUCACAUGGAUCUUGGCAGAUUUUAAUUAGCAAUAUUUCCUGUGCGUCUCCGUUCUAUUGCACUAGAAAUUCUUUGCAUUCCUUGCUUGCACUGUAAAGGUUUAAUUUAAUGACAGAUGCCAAAUAUAUGGUUGACAGUGUACGGAUCUGUGUUAUGAAUUACACCAAUUCAGUUCUGGGGAAUGAUCUAAAAAGCCUGAAAUACAAGUCGUCAGCAUUAGCUGGAUUUUACACGUGUACUGAUGUUUACAAUAAUGCUGAACAUAAGAAUUAUUUUUUUUUUGUAAUCUAUAAAAACUUCAAUUUUAUUUAUUAUAUGUGCACUUAAGUUUCCAAAAAACAAAACAAAAAAAAAAACUGGACAGUGCAAAUGGCUACCGCUAUAUAUUGUUUUCUUCCAGCUGUUCACAACUCCUUUUGUAUCACGCGACGAUGAGGAAUAGUCUGUUUUCUGUACGAUCACAUUGCAAGUUCACAUUAUUAUUUCUUCUCCAUCUUGCGAAGCGAGUGGUCUCGUAAUCUGUUGUCGCUCUCCUCGUUCCCGCCCGCAUUUUACUGACAUAGGAAAUGGGAAACAACAUUGGGUUUCAAUUUCCAGAGACAAAUUCUGGAGGUGGGAAUUCGGGGAGGAGCACGGGAGAUGGCUUUCUUUUAAGCGAUAUGAUAUGUUGCAUUGUAAACUCUGCCAGAAGAUAACUAUUUUGUUUUAAUCUACUUUUUGUAUUUAGUAGUUAUUUGUAUAAAUUAAAUAGAAUGUUUUGAAGACUAAA